ACGUCAACAGUAAAAACUCAACCUCAGCUUUCAAGCUUUCAAAGCAACGCAACGGCGAGCACGAGAGCUCAUUUGCUUGUCAGCUGUUAAAGAUCGUGGAGAUCGCCCGAUAUCUUCCAGAUGCAGUUACGCUCUUUCUCCGGUUCUCUGGAUCUCUUGCGAGAGCAACAACAACCCUCGCCAAGAUGGGUGCGCCAAGUGUGGGAUGCCGGCCUCAACAACCACAACAACAACAGCAACCAUCACCCUCAAAACGGGGAGUAUGAAAGACAGAGAGACCGCCUUGCCACCGUGACAACCAGCCAUGAUCUUCGAUGCUCUUCGCAACGAUCGCACAAACACCCCAAAGCGGGAAUUAUCUAAUGCCGCUCGGUUGGUGGAGAACCGCCGAUUUCGCCCGCCAGUUCUGCUCGGUUACUCGAAUCGUACGAUCGUAGUCCGCGUGUCGCUCGCCGUACCGGGCCAAACAAGAUCGUGCACGGGGGUCGUGUUAUUGUGUUUACGUACGCACACUCGUAGUGUUUCUCCCAGUUCCCCGUCCGGUGUGUAACUGCUACCGUAGCUAGGCACCGAGUGGCCCACAUUUCUAGCCCAGUAAUUGCCCACAAACUACCAGAGGCCCUCCCUAACUAGACCGACAAGUAAACUCCUCACGAGAAAGGUUGGCUUUUAAUUUUGGGACGUCUUGGACGACUCAUUUCGAAAAAGCAGCACAACAACGCCAAAACUCGAAAGGCCGCGAAACAACCGUUACUGUAAUCGUCAUCGGAGACCGCCUUCCGUCAGCUACUUCUCGGGGUGGUAUUUUGGCAAUGUCUACACACGGCCCGUUCGUUUUGCCUCUCUCGAAAGGUUCUGCGUUCAGUGCGAAAUUGUAAAAGUGAGUCCUACUGAAGUCAGAAGGCAAAACAAAAAUGUGACAGUACAGCUCGCUACUACUACCGAAAAGUGACAGAUGAGUGAUAAUUAGUGUGUGGACCACCCUGUGCUAUUUGCUCCCCAUGCUUCCUGGGUGAUCUUGUCCGUUCGGUGUAAACGUGUACACGACUAAUUGGUCUUGCCCGAGUGCUGAGUUUGAGAAAGAGAACCGAUCGAGACAACAGGGCGAAACGUCACCUAGAAUUGUUCCGGCGACAUAAUGCGCAUGGCGCAUCUAAUUGCGAACAUCAACAACAGCACAACCAACCAACUACCGAGGGAACGGUUACGUCUGGCAAGCUGUUAGGCGCUGAAGUCUCUCUCUCUCUCUCUCUCGUUUGUUCCCUGCCUUCCUGUAUCUUCCUGGUAUCGGUCACUGCGAAACCAAUUACAGCGUACGCAUCACAAAAUGCCCUGUGCAGCGUCCUGUUGUCCCUUUGCCGGUCGAUCUGGCCACGGAAGCGGAAGUUCCACCGGACCGGACAGCAAUUCUCACGUAACAGAGAAACACUACGGUUGCUACAAGACGGGCAUCUUUUUCGCCCUCGCCAUCAUCCUGCUGCUGCUGGUCGGUUGUCUGCCCGUCUUCCUGCUCACCACCAACAACAACCUGAUCCUGCUGAUCCUGCUCGUGACGCUUCUGUUCAUCGGUCUCGCCACCUUCCUGUACUUCCGCUGGCAGCGCAAUCGAGCACUCGCGAUGCGACGCACGUACGAGCAGCAAAAGUUUGCGCUGACACGCGUCCAUCAUUCUUCCGGCCCAACAGGCACCAUCGCCACCAACAGCAACACCGUCGGCACCGACUCGUCCAAGGCGAAUGGUGUGGGAUCGAAAAAUAUCACCCAAGCCGCACUACCGUACGGGCAGACUACAGCAUCCAAAUUAAGCGAACCAAUCCGGACGGGAACACUGCAAACGGCCAUCAAGCCCGAUCCAGCAUUCGUUGCGGAAGGAACGUUGCAGCGACCCACCACGAAAAGUCCGCCCCGGUAUUCGUUCAUCUGAAGCAACAAAAAGGAAAACUGUGCUAUAAUGUUGAUAAAUGUGCACACAAAACUGUGGUUACCAGCCUGCUCUCUCUCUCUCUCUCUCUCUCUCUCUCUCUCUCUCUCUCUCUCUCUUUUUGCUAGUACAUUUAACCAUUUUGUUUUAAAUGAAACACGAUUCAAACAUUAAUUGUACUUUCGCUCGAAUGACGCGUACCGGUCCGGCAUGUUGGCUGUUUGUCUGUCAAUAUUUUAUUACCGCAGCCGGUAAUCAACCUCAAACAUAAAUCUGCAACAAGCGCGUUUUUAUAUCGACCCAAAAGUAAUAUUGAAACUAUUUUAGACCUAGUUAGGCGUGUUAGCAGGACACAGCAAAAAAAUAUCGCCCCGACUGAUCAGGAAUAUCUGUUUGAAGUCUGACCGUUACCACCCGCAAUGGCGCGAGUCCUCGCUGUGCCUUGCUUUAUUUAAUUUAUAUAUCAUGCUCGGCCGAGCCGAUUUCCAUGCGGUUAAUUACGUUAGUGCGGUGUGAGGUUUCCACGUGGACAGGGUUUUUUUUGGUCGGUGGAGAAUUCCUGGAGUACGCGGCGUAUUGUCAAUCGACCGGCAUUGUUGUUGUUUACCGUCGAAUCGCUUGUUUUACACAAUUAUUAAUUACACAUUCAAUGGCGGAUGUUUGUUCGAUUUGAAGAGCGAAAAUCGCCCCUUGCUGUUGUGCAUAAUUUAAGAUAAAGCUUACAACAAAUAUAUUUAGAGCCGUUUUUCUUUAAAUAAAUACUUCAACCGUUUGU